CAUAUAUGCAGGCUUCAUUUUUCUGAUGGUUGAGCUGUUUUCUUUAUUACCGUCGCAGAUAUUCGGUUGGUGCCUGGUUACUCGCUCAUUCGGCCUCGACGGGCAUAGAACAAGACACUAACAACAUGCAACAGUAUGGAACGAAAUGCAAUGGGAUGGAACGAAACGCAAUGGAAUGGAAUGGAACGAAAUGCCGCUCGGUCUCACAGAUUUAUAUGACGAAAAUAGUUCAAUAAUUGUGCUGAACUUUGUGGGCUCAGUUAGACUUUCUCACUUCGCCGCGUCCAUUCGAUGUAAGUCCUCGACGCUGCAAGAAUAGUGUGCAUCCUUCCUAGCCUAUCCACGACGACUCGUCUGUGAGUCUGGAGAUGGCUCUGUGUGGUUUCUAGUCUCGUCUGGCCUCAUUUGUUUUGCUAUAUAUACAUGCUUUCAAAUAUCUUCCUAUUAUGACUCUUUUUCAAGCCAUCGACACACCAGGAGCUCUCGUGGACACCAAUUUGCUUCACUGAAGGAAAGAUUUAUAUUCAGGUGCUCCAAGACUUGUCAGCGACGAUGGCCCCCGCGGACCCUUUGAAGCCAGCAGCCAAAGAGCCAAAGACGUUGAGGAGGUUCAAAUUAUUCCCCAAACUCCCCACCGAAAUCCGACUCAUGAUCUGGACCCUCCUCUUGCCACCUCCACGGGUCGUCGACAUCCGGAUGCGUCGAAAGUCCAUCCCUACAUCCGCGGGAGAAAUCUUAGAUGUCGGUCGGUUUAUCAGCUCAGUCGACCACCCCAUCAUCCUGCACGUGUGCUCUGAAUCUCGCAGAGUGGCCCGACAACACUACAAGCUCUCGUUUCCCAAGAAGACGAAUACGGAGUGGUCGCCGGCUCAGACAUAUAUCGACUUUGACAACGACACGGUCUGGUUCGAUAACCUGCGCUACUUUCCUACUACGCCGUCCACGAAUUCACCAAAGACCCUUCCCAUGGCUGAGUUUGCCAAGAUCAAAAAACUCGCUAUGCGGCACGAGAUAGAUCGUGUGCUGCUGGAUAGUACGAAAUUGUUUAAUCCGAAGCACUUUCCGGCGCUGGAGGAUAUAUAUGUGGUUGACCAUAAAGUAUACCCUCACGAGAUCUUGUUGGUUGUUUACGGGACCUAUACCAGUGAGACCUUGGAAAAGGUGUGGGAGAAGGAGAAGAAAUGUCCUACUGUUUACUUGGCCAGUGCGGGUGAGAUAUCUUGAGGGUAUCUGAAGUUGAUUCGAUGUAGGGCAGCCCUGGGGGUUGCAGUAGCUCCCAUCUGGAUACGUGGAGGAGAUUUUUAUUGUAGGGAAUUAUAUCAUCCGG